AUUUUUCACAUUUUCUCCUCAACAACUAACGGCUAAUUAAAGAAAGUAGUAACAAAAUGAAGGCCUUUCAUUUCCUUCUCUUGUUGGCUUUGGCUUUCUCUUUUGCCUCUGCCUUCGAUCCUAGCCAUCUCCAGGACUUUUGUGUUGCAAUAUCUGAUCCCAGGAAUGCUGCGUUUGUUAAUGGGAAGUUCUGCAAGAACCCAAACCUUGCCGUAGCUGGAGAUUUCUCCUUUUCGGGACUCAAUAUUCCUGGAAAUACAGCAAAUCGAGUUGGAUCGAAUGUCACCCUCGUGAAUGUUGAUGUGCUACCAGGACUUAACACUCUUGGUAUUUCUCUCGCUCGGUUAGACUAUGCACCCAAUGGUGGCUUAAACCCUCCCCACAUUCACCCUCGUGGCACAGAGAUCCUUGUGGUUGUGGAAGGCACCCUUCAUGUUGGCUUUGUGACAUCCAACCCUAAUCGGUUUAUCUCCAAAGUCUUAUACCCAGGAGAUGUUUUUGUAUUUCCAAUUGGUCUCAUUCAUUUCCAGUUUAAUAUUGCAAAGACGAAAGCAGUUGCCUUUGCUGGACUGAGCAGCCAAAACCCAGGUGUUAUCACUAUGGCAGAUGCAAUCUUUGGGCCUGAUCUACCCAUUAAUCCUGAUGUUCUUGCUAAGGCCUUCCAAUUGGACAAGGAUGUCGUGGAAAAACUUCAGAAACUGCUUGAGAAUGCAUAAAACAGCCAUCCAAAAAUCAGUGCAGCUCACUGUUUAAGAAUUGUGUUUAGUUAUUAUGUUUCCUGCAGUGUCGCCAAUAAUUGAGCUCGCAUGUCCUGAUUAAAUGAAUAGAUGUUUUCUUGGUGCAUCUUUACUAAUUAAAUAAACAGAUGUUUUCUCUUUGUGCCUUA